AUGGAAAAAACCAAAACAAAGCAAGGAGAGAAUGAACACAUGCCGGUGAAUAAUCCUUCCACACAGAUUUACCAGUUGCAGGCACUAGCCUCCGAACUCAAAACUGGUUUCACAGAAGCAAUGCAAGAGCUGUCCCGAAUUCAACAUGGAGAAUAUGCUUUGGAAGAGAAGGUUAAGAGCUGCAGGUGUUCCAUGGAAGAAAAGGUUACUGAGAUGAAAAAUUCAUUAAACUAUUUCAAGGAAGAGCUGAGCAAUGCCAUGUCAAUGAUCCAGGCCAUCACUUCCAAACAAGAAGAAAUGCAACAGAAAAUUGAACAGCUUCAGCAGGAGAAGCGAAGAGAAUCUCGAAAGGUUAAGGCCAAGAAAACUCAGAAAGAAGAACACGGUUCACAGGUCGGGCCUGCACAAUCACAAGGGAGUCCUUUCCGAUCAAUCAAUAUCCCUGAGCCUGUUCUUCCAAGUGAAGACUUUACCAACAUUUUGCCUUCCCAGGCCUAUGAAAAAGCCCAAGAGUCCAGAUCCAUUCAUGUAGGAGAUAGUAAUGUAAAGGGAAUGAUGGGCCCUGGAGUGAACCCAACAACUCCAGAAGCAGAAGAAAACCUCAAGUCUUGCCUCUCAGCCGAUAUCCAAACCAAGGGCCAUCUCUCAUCUGGCAUGUGGAGGCAGCCUAAGGAUGGUAAAGAAUGGGGCGAGGAAUAUGUCACGAAAGAUCACCCAGAUAAACUCAAGGAAGCUGGUCAAGGUAGACACAGCUCCUUGGAAAAUGUUUUAUGUGAAACCUCUUUAGCUGCUAAAAGACAGACUGUGGCUCUAGAACUGCUUGAAUCCGAAAGAAAAUAUGUCAUUAACAUCUCUCUGAUCCUGAAGAUAAAGGCAACAUUCCAGGGGUCAGAUGGAAAGAGGAAUUCCAAAGAGAGAAGCCUCUUUCCUGGCUCUUUACGGUACAUUGUCCAGCAGCACCUGGAUUUGCUUCAUGCACUGCAGGAAAGGGUCCUGAAGUGGCCACGUCAAGGAGUCCUUGGAGAUUUAUUCCUUAAGUUAACAAAUGAUGAGAAUAAUUUCUUGGAUUAUUAUGUCGCCUACCUAAGGGACCUGCCUGAAUGCAUUGCAUUGGUUCAUGUUGUCGUUCUGAAGGAGGGUGAUGAAGAAAUUAAAUCUGACAUCUACACACUGUUUUUUCACAUAGUCCAGCGCAUCCCUGAAUAUCUGAUACAUCUGCAGAAUGUCCUGAAGUUCACAGAGCAGGAACACCCCGAUUAUUAUCUACUACUGGUGUGUGUUCAGCGCCUCCGAGUAUUUAUCUCACACUACACCCUGCUGUUUCAAUGCAAUGAAGAUUUGCUUAUUCAGAAACGGAAAAAGCUUAAGAAGUCAUCCCUGGCAAAGCUGUACAAAGGGCUGGCUUCCCAGUGUGCAAACGCCGGGCAAGAUGCUUCCCCCACUGUAGGCCCUGAGGCUGUCCGUGAUAGUGGGAUCCACUCAGAAGAGAUGCUGCAACCCUACCCUUCUGCUCCCAGUUCUGGCCCCGCUGUCACACAUCUGAUGCCCCCGGUGAAGAAGAGCCAACAGCAGCAAAGCUUGAUGGAGACCAUGCAGCCCGGGAAGCCCAGUGACUGGGAGAUGGAGGGCAGAAAGCACGAGAGGCCCGAGAGCCUCCUGGCGCCGGCGCAGUUCUGUGCGGCCGAGCAGGACGUGAAGGCGCUGGCCGGGCCGCUGCAGGCCAUUCCGGAGAUGGACUUCGAGCCCACUCCGGCCGAGCCGCUGAGCAACGUGGAGCGCUCCCUGCGCGCCCCGGCCGAGCUCAUGCCCGACGCCCGCGGCUACGUGCCGGCGGGCUACGAGGAGUUCGAGUACGGCGGCGAGAUCUUCGCGCUGCCCGCGCCCUACGACGAGGAGCCCUUCCAGGCUCCGGCCCUCUUCGAGAACUGCUCGCCCGCCUCUUCCGAGUCCAGCCUGGACAUCUGCUUCCUGCGGCCCGUCAGCUUCGCCAUGGAGGCCGAGCGGCCGGAGCACCCGCUGCCGCCGCUGCCCAAGAGCGCCACGUCGCCGGCGAGCAGCAGCGGCGCCUACAAGCUGGAGGCGGCGGCGCAGGCGCAGGCGCACGGCAAGGCCAAUAAAAAAAAAUCUCUUUUGUGUUUUCAGGAGAUGCAUUUAGAAGACACCACCAGAUUCUGUCCAAAGGAAGAAAGAGAAAGUGAACAAACAUCUUUCAGCGAUCAGAAUCCCAGGCAAGACCAGAAAGGGGGCUUUCGCAGCUCCUUCCGCAAGCUCUUUAAAAAGAAGUCCAGUGGAUCAGAAUACAGGGAAAAAACUAAUGAGAAUCCCUCAAUGGAUCCUUCACCCACCAAACAAGAUUUCUUCAGAAACCGACUUGCUCUUGCAAAUGACCUUGACCAAGGAACAGCUGUGUAAAACAUAUUUAAAGUUGUAUUGUCAAGUGGUAAGAUGAGGAUAAAAAGCUUGUAUAUAUCUGUGUAGGAAUAUAUAUCUAUAUAUUGAUGUAUAAAUACCUGAGGAAAACUCAUAUAAAUACUUACAUAUGAAACUAAAUCAACAUGUAAGACAUUGAAGAGAUGAAGAUUAGUCUAUGGUUAAGAUCUGGCUUUUGAACCUCAACACUUGUGAAAAGGGAAACGAAGACUUUUCACAUCAUUACAGAAAAACACAGUAAAUUUGGAGGGAAAUAAACAUUUGUAAGAACAAAAACUUCCACUUGAAGUCAUUGGCCAAGUAUAGUAUUGGAGCAUGUUCAUAUUU